AUGCCUCGAACUGCUAUCUUCGUCAUCGACAUCCAGAACCACCUGGCCGUUGAUUCAACCUCUCGCGUCCCUCAAGCGGAUCGCGUCAUCAAAGCCUCUGAAGAGAUUCUACAGACAGCUCGGUCCAUCACCGACUCCAAUGGAAACAGCAGCAGUCCACUCAUUGUUUUUAUUCAGCACGAAGAGUCUCCGAAUGAUGGAGCUCUGGUAAAGGGGACUGAGCCCUGGGAGCUCGUCUUUCAUCCUCGCGCGGACGCAGAGGGUGAAAUUUUGGUAGCGAAGAAGACAGGUGACACAUUCAAAUCCAACCGCGACCUCGCGCAGAGGCUGCGCAACGCCAACGUCACCGAAAUCGUCGCGUUCGGCCUGCAGAGCGAUGCCUGCGUCGAAGCAACAUGUACCGGCGCGCUGGCAGCAGGUUUCCACGUAACUGUACUGGCAGGCGCACAUUCUACCUACGACGCCGAUGGAAAGACCGCCCAGGAAAUCGAGCGUGAAGUCGAACUUCGCCUCUCGACACGCGGCGCUCGUGUUGUCCGGUGGGAGAAGGCGAUCGCGAAAUGGGUGGAGAAGCAACAGGUUGUCUGA